AUUGCAAGUCGACGGUCGAUCUAACGCGCCGAGAGCGCGAGGAUCAACUCACGUGUACGCGACAUGGCGCGACGUCAGGUUAACCGCUUAUCACCAGUCAUUCCCCGUCACCAAUUCUAGUAUCGUUUACAUGCCGAGGUGAAGCAACUCUUUCGACAGAAAGUGCGAGCAAAAUGACGACGAAGAAGGGUAAGGUAUUGACCAAGGGAGGGAAGCAGAUAAAGGAGGAGAAUGUCUCCACGCUGAGCUUCUACGUCUACAUGGCCCUGGGCGCGAUGGGGAUUCACUUCGCCGUGACAAUGGCUCUGUUCGAGUUCACCACGCUGACGAUAAGCCUAACGGUAUUGUCUGCAAUUGUAUAUAUAGGAAGCUAUCAAUUUAUGUCGUACAUGGCUCGCACCACGUACUCGGAAUCUGGUCAGCUCUUGAACCCUGGAGUCGACCUCAACAUGGAAGGUGGCAUAGCAGAGCACGUGAAAGAUUUAAUCAUAUUGACGUCGGGCGUGCAAAUCCUGUCUCUACUCUCCAACUACUUCUGGUUCUUGUGGCUCUUGGUACCACUGAGAGGCGGCUGGAUGUUCUGGAAGCAGAUUUUGGCUCCGUGGUUCUUCGACCAGCCUCAAGAAGUCGAGAUGACUGAGAAGAAGAUGCGCAAGAUGGAGAGGAAGAUGGCGAAGCGACACCAAUGAAAAUUCGUCGUUGCUGUGUAAUAUGAAUGUGUAAUAUGAAAAUUCCACUGAAUGACAAUUGAUUUAAUCAGGGGACGGAUAGAAAAGUUCACGGGAUACACUGAGAAGAGAACUAAUACCUUGGGAUCUUUUUCUUGACAUUCAGCAUGUCGAGAUUGUGCGCGGUGGGUUCGGCAUUUACAUAGGAUAAGUAAUGAAGUGGGAGACUUGGUAAGUUUUAACGAAAAUGUACGGGAAAACAGUUUCUUAGGAUUAGGCGGUAUGGCAAAUUGGGAGAUGGACUUCGUCUCUAUCUCCUCGCAUUCCGAACAAUCUCAGCAGACUGCAAUCCUCUUUAUAUGUCUAGAAAAUUCGAGACGCUCUUAUUCAGAAAUAUUUGUGGAUUUACUUCUAUAUAAGUCGAAGGUGCAACGCUAAAUUAUUAUUAGGAAGUUAAAUGUAAUUGUGUGUGUUCAAGGAAGAUUUGAGAUAUUACGUUAAUUUAUUUUAAUAAUUUAUUCACUUUACCGACUUAUAUGGAAAUAAAACUGUUCUUACGUAAGAGGUGUCUCGACACGUUCAUUCUCCAUACAGCAUUGUUAAUGUGAAUGAUCUUUUUUUUUUGUAAUUAUAGCAGUAAUACUACACUAACGCUCAGUUUUUUAUCUUCCACUUGUACGUAAGUGUCUAUCUAAGUAAUUAAGCGGUGAACAGGUGCCUUUGUGGAAACAAUGAGAACGAAUGACGCCGACAGGUGAUGGAUAAAAAUUGAAUCAUGUAAUGGAUGUAAUACUUGCUUAUAUUGUAUGUCUGAAAGUUCAGUCAUCCUCCUACCAGCACAAAUGGAUUCAAACCAGACUAUGGUUAGUCGGUAUUGUAUAUAUACCGAUUACAUUAUUCAACGUUAUAAAUAAAUCAUUUGCUAUUUAUUAAA